AUGGGGGAGGAGAUUCUCUAUCGGGCAAGUCAGACGGUAGUGGUGGCACAUUUAGGCCGGGUGUCCUCGACCAACAACGCCAUUAUUAAUAUAUGGCCAGAGGCAAAUGAGUUCUGCGCAGGCUCGAAGUCGUCUUGUGUCUGUGUGACCAGACGAUUAGCGGCCGCCGUUCAUAUUAGCAGGAGUCAGCGGACCUGCUUCUCUGAUGAUGAGACAUGCAGGAGAGUGCAGUACCGGAUAGCUGAGAGUACUAUGUAUGGUUCAGGGCCGGAAGGACGGUGGCUCAUUGUUCUGCGUGUAGCUGUGGCACACAUACGCCUCCUGAUGAGAGUCCUUUGCCUGGCAAUUUCAUCAAGAAAGUUGACGGCGCUCUACACAUACUGGAUUGUCAAUGGAGGCUUGGCUUUACUGUAG